AAACUUCGGAAGGAGGAGAGACGCGGGGCCCAGGGCACCCUCGUGGGCGGACCCGGGCAGUGAAGGCCUGUGGCCUGCCGGCCGGCCAGGGCAGCGGCGUGGCGGUGGGCGCAGCGGGGACCUGCGUGAGGAAGCCCUGAGCCCUCGGCGGGCUGCGAGUGACUCCGCGGCGAUGCCUCACAACUCCAUCAGAUCGGGCCACGGAGGGCUGAACCAGCUGGGAGGGGCCUUUGUGAAUGGCAGACCCCUGCCCGAAGUGGUGCGUCAGCGCAUCGUGGACCUGGCCCACCAGGGCGUGAGGCCCUGCGACAUCUCCCGCCAGCUCCGAGUCAGCCAUGGCUGUGUCAGCAAGAUCCUUGGCAGGUACUACGAGACUGGCAGCAUCCGGCCUGGAGUGAUAGGGGGCUCGAAGCCCAAGGUGGCCACCCCCAAGGUGGUGGAGAAAAUCGGGGACUACAAACGGCAGAACCCGACCAUGUUUGCCUGGGAGAUCCGAGACCGGCUCCUGGCCGAGGGCGUCUGUGACAACGACACUGUGCCCAGUGUCAGCUCCAUCAACAGAAUCAUCCGGACCAAAGUGCAGCAACCAUUCAACCUUCCCAUGGACGGCUGCGUGGCCACCAAGUCCCUGAGCCCAGGACACACGCUGAUCCCCAGCUCAGCCGUGACGCCCCCAGAGUCUCCCCAGUCCGAUUCUCUGGGUUCAACCUACUCCAUCAACGGGCUCCUGGGGAUCGCACAGCCUGGCAGCGACAGCAAGAGGAAGCUGGAUGACAGUGACCAGGACAGCUGUCGGCUGAGCCUUGACUCCCAGAGCAGCGGCAGCGGGCCCCGCAAGCACCUUCGCACGGACGCCUUCAGCCAGCACCACCUUGAGCCUCUUGAGUGCCCCUUUGAUCGGCAGCAGUACCCAGAGGCCUAUGUCUCCCCGAGCCACACCAAAGGAGAGAAGGAAGCGAGUACUCUGGCAACACCUAUGGCCACACCCCCUACUCCUCCUACAGCGAGGCCUGGCGCUUCCCCAACUCCAGCUUGCUGAGUUCCCCGUAUUAUUACAGUUCCACAUCAAGGCCAAGCGCGCCACCUACCACUGCCGCGGCCUUUGACCAUCUGUAGUUGCCAUGGGGACAGUGGGAGCGACUGAGCAACAGAAGGACUUGGCCUGGGACGGGCCCCAGAGAGUCACACAAAGGAAUCUUUAUUUAUUACAUGAAAAAUAACCACAAAUCCAGCAUCACGGCUCCCUCCCUGUGUGGUUGAUUUAAUGAACCAUGAGAGACCGGACGACGUUGGAGAAGGGCCACGCUGUCCUCCAGGAUUCCUUAAUGAGGGGCAGGAGUCCCAGGGGGACAGAACCGUCCCGUUCCAAAGAGACAAAAUUG